AUGAGGUUUCUGAUAGUAAAUGGGUUCAAUGCUUCUGCAUCUUGUGCUAAAGUAUUUGAAUAUUUUAGGAACAGCAUUUAGAGUGUAUAUAAUUAUAUUAGAUUUAGAUGAUAUCGAAAUAGAGGGAAGUAGCAGAUACUGAAUGCGAGUAUCAUUUUCGAGAUCGACAUUCUUUGGAUGAUUUCCUUUAUGAACCGGAGACAAGUUUGAUCAGAAUGGAGUAUGGAUUGAAAUUUAAUUCAAUUGAUAUUGUGUUCAUUAUAGCUUCUCCGAACUCAAAACCUUGGAAUCCAAAUAUGAGAAAGGUAUAAAUACAAAUAAGAUUGAGAUAAUAACCUUGAUCAGAAUGUGUUUGAAGACCAAAAAGUUAUUAUUCUCAACUUCAUUUGGUGCUUAGGCUAUAGCUUAUCUUUGUUCAACAAAUUUCUCUUUGGUAACUAAAAAUAAUUCUAUUCUAAAGCAUGCUUCCAUAACUAACAAUCAUGGGGAAGGUUGUAAAUUAGUGGAUUUUCCGAAAUACACUCUACAGGCAUUGAAAAAUGGUCCGAAUGAGUACUUCUUGGAUUCAACCACAGGAGAUCUAUAUCUGUAUAGCAAAGUGACCGAUGAGUGGUUGCCAAAAGCUAACAUUGGUUUGCACAAUAGGAGGGAUGCUAUGGAAUAUCAGUCGAUUGGUAAGUAUAUUGUGAAAUCACCAACUUAUAAACCUAAAUAGAAUAUGUUGUCAAAUCAAAAUGAAAUGAUCUGUUAAAUAAAAAAGCAGUUCUUGCAUCAUUGGUUGUUUAGAGGUGUCGCCAUGGAAUUCGCAAUUUCGUGUUACAAUUAAUGGGACAUUCACGCAAUCACCUUCACAAAUCCAGAGAAAGUAUUUUAUUGAAGUGAAUUAAUUAGAAAUUCAAUUCAUUAGCAGAGCACAACCUGAGAGGACCAUUAAUCAUUGAGAGUGACAAUAUUAUAGCGACUAUGUUUGAAUUGGAACCAAAGCAAAAAGAUACAGUUAAAAUAUUGUAGAAUUUUAUUGACAAUGCAGUGAAAUUGAUUAGAUUCAAUAACAGUUAUAAUCUUAUUAGUAUUACUAAUGAGAAGUACUUUUCGGGAAAUAAAGGAUUGGACAACAUUGAGAUAAUAUUUCAGUAGAAAAAGAAGAUGGGCAAUUUGAAUCCUGAAGAUCUGUUGAAAAGAUAAUAAAAGAAUUUCAUGCUUGAAUAUCGGAAAUUAUUGAACACUGCCAUAUAAGAGACUGAGAGAGACAAGAUAUUUCAUGUUGGAUUCUCAGUGAAAAAGGAUAGAUUACCAGAGUAUUACUUUAUUAAUAUAGUUUUGUAUAGCAAAAUAAUAUCUAAGAGAAGAAUUAUAAAGUGGUGAGACGGAAAUCAUUUCAAGUCAAGAAGGCUCAAUUCUUAAGAUAACAGAGUUAGAUCAAUGUUGGUGGAGAUGAUGAUUUUUAAAUGAAGGAUUUGCAAGAUGAGGCUCAAAAAAAACCAUUGCCUUUCUAACGUGUUAUUGCAACUGCUAAUAACAGUAAGAGAUUGAAUUCAAAAAAAAAUUCAAAUCCAAAAACACCUAAUACCAUAGAGAAGGAGGACUAUGAAAUUUAAGAGUUUGAAAUUAAGUGGAUGAGUCAAACAGGAGUAAGGAAAAUACUACAUCCGACUUUGGAAGAUGAAUUCUUAGGAUCAAAUAAGACCUGGGUCCCAGGAUUCCUUUCCAAGGAUAAAUUCAAGAGCAAUAGUAUUGUCUAAACUUAAAGAGGACAGCAUAAUUAGAAUAAUAGAUUUAACACAGACUCCCUUGUCGGUUGA